AUUAAAGACAAGCCGGUUGUAUCAGUCAUCACCGUAACAAACCCGCCACGAAGAGAUCGGGUCCAUGCCCAUCAGUAAAGACUAAAGAGUAUCAAGAUUGGAUAAUUCUCUUACUCCCGGACUCAAAUUCGUGUGAAUCGACGAUACAAUGAGAAAAAAUUCAAAAAUUGGUGUCAUAUAAAGAUUGAUUAUACGGCCAACCUACCCCAGCCCUCAUUGUCAAGGUGGGAAAGGCGACAAAUUCUGUGAAAACCCAUGCAUAAUAAUUUCACGGGUGACGGGACAGUUGGAUGUAAAUUCCCUGCGGCUACUUGGUCUUCGCUUGUGAACUUCUUCUCGACUAUUUUUCUACUUUUUCUUGCUUAUUUUUUAAGUGUUUGGGACUUUGUUCUAGUGUUUAACUUCUCCUAAUGGGUGGGACGGCGAAGAUGAUGGGAGCGGUGGCAGUGGUUAUGUGGGUGGCUUUCCUCUGCUGCCACCGCCGCCGCAGGGGGGCGGCGGCAGCUGAGGUUCGACGGUAAGAGGGGGGAGUUCAGGAUUCUACAAGUGGCAGAUAUGCACUAUGCUGACGGCAAGAGAACCCCUUGCGAGGACGUGUUUCCGCAACAGAUGGCGUCUUGCUCUGAUCUCAACACCACUGCCUUCAUUCGCCGUGUUAUUCUUGCCGAGAAACCUGACCUUAUUGUUUUCACUGGGGAUAAUAUUUUUGGGUUUGAUGCAACUGAUGCAGCAUCGUCAAUGGAUGCUGCCUUUGCUCCUGCAGUAUCGGCAAACAUCCCAUGGGCUGCUGUUCUUGGAAAUCAUGAUCAAGAGUCUACUUUAUCCCGGGAAGGUGUGAUGAAACACAUUGUCAGCAUGAAGAAUACUUUGUCUCAGCUUAAUCCUCCCGAAGCUCGUGUUAUUGAUGGAUUCGGAAAUUACAAUUUGGAGGUCCACGGAGUUGAAGGUUCUCGUUUGGCAAAUAAAUCAGUUCUCAAUCUCUACUUCCUGGAUAGUGGCGAUUACUCAACUGUUCCAUCUAUUCCUGGCUAUGGUUGGAUUAAACCGUCUCAGCAGCUAUGGUUUGAACGCACUUCCUCGAAACUUCAGCGGGCUUACGUGAACAAGCCAGAGCCACAAAAAGGUCCAGCUCCAGGACUGACAUACUUUCACAUUCCAUUGCCUGAAUUUGCAAGCUUCGAUUCGUCAAACUUCACAGGGGUGAAACAGGAAGGGAUUAGCUCUGCAUCAGUGAAUUCAGGCUUUUUCACAACCAUGGUGGCAGCAGGGGAUGUGAAGGCUGUUUUCACAGGUCACGAUCAUCUCAAUGACUUCUGUGGUGAAUUAACUGGUAUACAUCUAUGCUAUGCUGGUGGUUUUGGGUAUCAUGCUUAUGGGAAGGCUGGAUGGUCCAGGAGGGCAAGGAUGGUGGUAGCAUCUUUGGAGAAAACAGAGAAAGGAUCAUGGGAAACAGUCAAAUCUAUCAAAACAUGGAAACGUCUUGAUGAUGAACAUCUAACUGCUAUUGAUGGUCAGGUGCUCUGGAGCAAAAGCUCUGGCAGUAAGCAUAAGUUAAAUUGAGAUUUUCUUUGGCAGCUUUUUGAUCAUGCUAAAAACAAACAUAGUAAACGGAUAAAAGGGAUUGCAGAGUAAAAUUAUGAAGGAAAAAAUUUGUCCUAAUCUGUGUAAUGAAUCUUUUUAAUUAAGUUAUUAUGGAUUUUUGGAACUUGGGAUGAUUCUGUUAUGGUGCAGUCUUUUAAGCAUGUGAGAAUUUAUGUAUGUUUCAAAGACAAAAAUUGGAACUUCAACAAAAAGUUAUGAUAUAUA